AUGUUUGACUCUUCUGUUGGACCCGCCAUUCCGCAGAGAACGUCAGCGAGGACCGUUUUGAGCCCUAAGUCCAAACAAGAACAACGAAGACGUUCUCUUCCUACUGCUUCUCACCGGGAUGCUAAACGACGAACAUCGAACCACGUUGUUGUCAAGCCUGCAUCAACAGAAGUGAUAUCGUCCUUAAUAGAGACCCUGUCUGCGAUCUCCUCGCCAGCAGAACACCACCUCGACUCCCUGCCCAGCAUAGCUAGUUCCCACUCAACACCAGCCUCGCCACGUCCAUGGCAAGCGGGAUUUCCUCUAUUCACCGGACCCAGCAGCGGUGCUCCUCAAGGCGACUCAAUGCGACCAUCUCUCUCUGGAUCGGGAACAGACUUCGAUGCACAAAAGAGACCUCACGGGGUGCACGAUAAUUACUUCCUACAUCCCGACCGCUCGUCAAUUAGAAAUUGGUCGCCUAGGCGCAUCUCAUCGGACAAAUCCUUACGAGAGUAUGCGAAGGAACCGACGGAUCUCUUUGAUUUGGGAGGAGCAUAUAGUAUUGGGAAUCUAAGCAUCGAGCCAAAGCCUUCAACCACAACAAUCAACUUAGACAGAAGUGAAGGCCGGAAGGGUCUUAAUAGUUUUGCAAGUUUCAGGAGCUUGGGCUUGAAGGCUUCCAGGGACUCGUUGCCUGGGUCCAACGGCCUCGUUGUCCUGAAGCCUAGGUCGGAAGCGAAGCGCACUCGCGAGAGAAUUGUAAUAAGGGAUACACCUCCAGGAUCACCCGGACCAGAUCAGCUGUUUUUGUCGAAACGAGGCACCGGCGAUCGGGUGGCGGUAGAGCCUCCCAAUAUACCGACUCGAGCAUCAUCCGUGCAGUCUAACGGGUCUCCGGGAAGGUUGUACGGGAAUCCAGAGGAAAUGGAUGGCGAGCCCAGCGGCCGCAAAAAAAGAUACAGCAUACCGAACGAAGACAGCAUCCCUACCCGGAGUUCAUCCAUACGCCAUAGCCUGCGAUUGAGCCCAUCACGUCAUAGUAGGAGAUCUCAGCUAUCUGAGAGUAGCAGUGGUAUGGAGCCCAGCAAGUCGGUAUUAGAAAACCCGCCUAAUAUCCCAGAGCAGACGCUUCAGGAAGUGCCUGAUGAGCUGGGAGAGGAUUCAGUGAAUCGCAGAAUCAAAGAGCUCAAGGACCAGAAACUUGAAAGAGAGCGAAGCUCAAUGGAGAGCCCAACGGAAUUCUUCUCGGCCCCGCAGACACCAAAUCGGAGUCUUGCGCCUUCUCCAGGUCCGGUCGCUCCCCAAACAACAUCUAUCAGUGCCCUGCUACUGGAACAAAAGACCGAUGCAGUCGAGGUCCCAGAACCCAAGCUUAUGAACGAUACUGAGAGAAGCGCCCCUGCGCCGGCAAUCGCGCAGAGGAUCAGUAGACAUAAUGGAGUGCGAGCCAGCUCCGUGGAAGCCAAGCCAGCUACCGUAACAGAUUCUUCAAUCACUUCAAGAGAUGGUGACAAAAGGCCAUCAUUUGCUUUGCCACAGAGGUCCAAUUCUCGUCUAUUGAAGCGCUUCUCUCGGCCCAUGAGUCCCGCACCUGCGGAGAAACGGAGGACAGUUUCCAGUAACUUAUUGGAGACCAAGCGCAAUACGUCUUACCAGAUUGAUGAAGCUGAUCUAGUAAGUGAUGCCGUCAACGAGUAUCUUCUGUCUUCCAGGUUGUCCCAAAAGAUAAGCGAUCCGCAGACAGGGCGGGUAAUAUCCUUUUCUGAAGUUGGGGAUCCUGAAGGCUCAGUGAUCUUCUGUUGCGUUGGAAUGGGUCUGACUAGAUUCGUCACGGUUUUCUACGAUGAGUUGGCAUCUACACUGAAGCUUCGACUUGUGACACCUGAUCGUCCCGGCGUAGGAGGCAGCGAUCCUCACACAGAUGGGCUGGAUACACCGUUGGGCUGGCCCGAUGAUGUGCGUGCCAUUUGCCAGCAUUUGAAAAUUACGAAAUUUUCAAUCUUGGCCCAUUCUGCGGGUGCAGUAUAUGCUCUAGCUACCGCACUGCGGAUGCCUCAACAUAUCCGUUGCCGAGUACAUCUACUCGCUCCGUGGAUUCCGCCAUCUCAAAUGUAUACCAUCGGCGCUCAGCAGGAGCCUUCGCCAGCAAAGUCUCUUCCUUACUCGCAGCGUUUCCUGCGGUCUUUACCCACGACCUUUCUUAAAGCUGCAAACUCGAGUUUUCUCAACGCUACGAGCGCAAGUGUCACCACCACCCUCCCCAAAUCACCUCGUCGCUCCAAGCGCAAGAGUUUCAUUUGGGGUGGAGCAGCGGUGCCUGAUAUCCAGGAAGCUGCAAAUGGUGGUGACCGGGAUGCUUCUUUGUCUCCCACACUCUCCAACUGCGAAAUGGCAGACUUCUCCAAAGAGAACCGUCCUUCUAGUCGUCGCGUCUCGAAUUCAACGAAUGGAAGAUCUACCGCUCAAAUUCAAAAAGAACGGCGGUCGAUAUUUGAUGCUCGACUGACAGAAGCUACCUGGGAUGCCGCAACGACUGGGGCCAACCCAGCGGUCGAUUUGCUAGUCUGCCUUGAGCGGCGCCAGCCGAUUGGCUUCAGAUACGUUGAUAUCACGAGGUCUGUGGUCAUUCACCAUGGCAGCAGGGACAGUAGAGUCCCUGUGGACAAUGUCAAGUGGUUGGGCAAAACAAUGAGGAGGUGUGAGGUUCGGGUGUUGGAAGGCGAAGGACAUGGAUUGAUGGCUUCAGCUGGUGUAAUGGGUAGUGUUCUGAUGGAGAUGGCACAAGAAUGGUCUGAUUGGAAUCGAGUUGUGAAAGGAAAGGGAGGUAUGGCGGUAUGA